AUAUGUUGUUAACUGGAAUAUUACUGAGUUUGAUGCUGAGCUGUUCAUAUAUAAACACUGUUCGCACGUUUCAAUAUUUUGGACUAAGAGAAAGGAUACCAGCGGUUGCUUUCACUGCACUUUUGUCAAAAGACACAAACAUCGCCAGUCUUGGAAUCGUGAAGUAUGACAAAGUGCUGACCAAUGUAGGUCGAGCUUAUCGACCGUCCACGGGGAUAUUUACUGCACCCUACAAGGGUAUCUACACUAUUUCCUGUAGCCUCAUGAGCCAUCCAAGCAAUUCUGUUCAUCUUGACAUCAUGAAGAAUGGAAAAAUGCAAACAGUGUUGUUUGCUGCAUCAGGAACAUACCCACAAACAGGAAUAACCCUGCACCUUCUUCUCAAUAAAGAAGACAAAAUUUGGAUUCAAAAUGAGAACAGACGAAUUGCAAAACUCGACAUCAGUGGUAAACAUAAUUUGUUUUCUGGCUCUUUAAUUACAACAUUAUAAAUAAAUUCGCACACCAAAUAAUUCAUUUUUACAGUCCUUUGGAAUAUUUUAAAUCACUUCGCAUUUCACGUUUUCGAAAGUUUGAAAUGUCGCUAUGUACAGAGCAUCAACAAAUGAAACUUUCAUAUCGUCAUCAUCAGUAAAACAUCAGCUACCUGCAUACAAAUUAUAAAGAUCAAACUUUAUAUUUUAGAUAAACUUUGUGUUUUAAUUAAUGUAC